AAAAAUGCGUUUGUGAAUCUGGUGAUGCAUCACUUGUUUCUACUCAGGUAUUGCAGUCUGGCACUAAUGAUGCAUCACAGGUUCGCUAUGCCUUGUUUGAUGUAGUGCUAUGACAGUAACCUGUGGUCGAGGAAAACUGUUCUACAAAGUGCGUGAGAAGACUCACGUUAACCAAGCGUCGACCUGUUUCGAUUCAAACCCUGUUCGUUGCAGGGUCGAGUUGUUUGACAGGAUACCUGUGAGCUCCGCACUCGUGUUUAUUGAAAAUCGCACAAAAGGCUUGAUAAGUUUCAUCCCUCCGAGUCAGACCUGCAGUUUCACCUGAAUCAUGACAGCCUUCGAAGUCAGUUUCGCUCAUUCAUACGAGUACUCUCCGGACUGCCCAGCUGCCCACAUUCAUAUGCUGCCAGUGGAACUUCUACAGCACAUAUUCUUACUCAUCGUCAAUGACGUUCCAGACUGUCCUGGUGUCUUCUCCUAUGGAGAUACAACCAUAUCUGCCAAUGUUGGCAGCCCUCCCCUAGUCUUUACCCGCGUGUGCCAUUUUUGGCGAGUUAUCGCACAUUCAACGACAGCAAUUUGGUCGUGUAUGCAGGUCUCGCUUCCGGGACGAGUCGAACCCUUGAAACCAUUUCUUCCAUCUUUCCUCCAGUCGUGGCUUGCACGCUCUGGAAAUCAGCCUCUCACCCUCCGCAUUGUGUCUGGACAGCUCCCCGUACGCACCACACGGCGCUGUACGCGACAGUCGUACCACAAACCCUCACAGGCAGAUUCCCAACUGCUCGAAAUCCUUCUUUCUGAGAGCAAGCGUUGGGGAACCGUGGUUCUGGCAUCUGCAGAUGACUUGAAUCAUAACUUUAACACACCCCAGUUGAGAUCCUUGCAGUGUUGCUGGUCAGAACUCAGCAGUUUCAAUGCCCCAAACCUCACUCAUCUACACAUCAUCUAUCGCUGGUCUCUUACCAUGCGAUUCAGACAUAUUCCCACCUGUGACAAUAUACGUCAUCUCUGGGUCCAGAAUGCUUCCGCCCGCGUCAUACGUUCUACUUUCCUUAUGUUCCCUCUUAUGGAGUCCAUCAAGGUGGAUCUAAUCAUAUCGGAUAUUGGCCAUCCACAUAAUUCAACCACCCACUCUUGCCUUAACUCUAUCACUUUCCCCAUCCCCUCGGAUCCUUUUCAACAACGCGAAGUUCUUAAAAUAUUUGACGAACUUUGUCUUCCCAUGUUGCGCAAAUUGACGUUUGUGGCAGAUCCGGAAGAAUCAGAAGUUUCUUGUAUUGUGGCAGCCCUGGAAAUUGCAUCUUGCAACGUACGUGUGAUAGACUUUCAGACGACCACACCGUUAAGCGAAAUUGAUAUGGAUGUCAUCGAACCGUUGUUUUCUGUUGCGAGGGAGGUUACUAUUCAUGGCAAGGCGCUUUGCCGUCUUGUCAGGCAGUAGUACUGCAUCCCCCGU